CGCAUGCCUUCCGCCUCGGCCAACGCCUACCUCGUCGUCGCUGCGCUCGUCGCCGCAGGCUUGGAUGGGAUGGAGCGGGGCUUGCAGCUCCCGCCGCCGCGCGACCCGUCGGGCAAGGGGAGAGGCGGCGCCUCCGCAAAUGGCGGCGAGGCAGCGGCGAAUGGCGGCGGCGAGGCGGCGGUGAAUGGCAGCGGUGGCGAGGGCGGCGGUGGCGGCGUGGGCGGCGUGGGCGGUGGUGGCGCGGGCGGCGGCGGCGGCGUGGGCGGCGGCGGCGGCGCGGGCGCCGUGCCGCUGCCAUCCUCUCUCGAGGACGCGCUCAAGGCGCUCGAGGCGGACGAGGACAUGGUGCGCCGCCUCGGCCCCACGCUGGUCCGCUGGUUCGUGGGCGUCAAGAGGGGCGAGAUGGCCGCUCUCGCCACCAAGGAGGCCGAGCUGCUGGAGGGCCUCCGGGACAGCCUCCAGGAGAGGGACAGGCAGCGCGGCGGUGCGGGGGGCGAGGCGGACGAGAAGGCGCUCGAGCUCGCGCGGCGAGAGGCGUGGCGGCACAUGUACCUCGAAUUCCUCUGAGGACCGCCGCGCCCUGAAGCUGCCGUCCACGUACUGCUUGCUCACCUCGCGCCACACACAUCCUGCACCAGCACCCGCACCGAGAUCGCUGUAUGCGUCCCAAUCUCUGGACUCGUCUGGCUGUCUGCGCACAUGGCCACAUGCAUGCAUGGCAUGUGUCUGAGCAAAGUUCUAGAGCGCGCUGUGUCGGCGUGUACGACACGCGCGGAUCACUGCCGCACUGAAAUUCACUGGACACUGCGGUGUGCGCGCGUCUGGCUCUCCGGCAGACCUCUCGCUCCGUCCGCCGACUCCGUCUGUCUCUGCGACGUGCGAGGGCGCGGCCAAGCAGUGGCCAUGCCGCUGGUGCCAUGGAUACUUUGUAGCUUUUGCAAAA